AUGGGGGCUGUUCCGAGCCGUGAGUUCCACGAGAGCCCAGUGGCCCUCGUUUUUACCCGCAGUGGUACGACGCUGCAGAUGGCACGACUUCCGCUCACGCCGCACUUCUUUCCGUCGGCGGACUGUUUGGCGUUCCGACAGCUGUGCGAUUGUCGCGGCUCGCAGUCGAUGAAGUACGGGUUUGCGCUGAACGAGGGUCCAUCCCAUGAGCGCCACUGGCGUGCAGGUGGCAUGAGGCGGGGGGGCGUGUGCAACCUGCAGGCCAGUGAUGCCUGGGAUGAGCUGUGCGAAGAAGAGCUGGAGCCUGACCCGUCCGCGCCGUAUCAACGAGACAUGAUGGAGUUUCUGCUACCCACAGACGAAGCGGCAAACUUUUUCGUCUCGCGUGAGGGGAGGAAUGCGAAAGAAAACUUUGCCAUGACGGGAAAUGCAUGCCGUGAUGGCGAAAGCCAGGUGACGACGGAGGAUUUGUAUAGACUGUUGGUGACCGAAGGGACCGUCCCUGCCCUUACCGACACCAACGCGGAAAUGCAGGAACUUUAUCGGACGGAGCUCGCAUGGCGCAAGGCCAGAGCGGUGAUUUGUCAUUAUCGUCAAAGUCAAUGCGAGGGCAAUGAGGAGGAAGAGGCCAAGGUUCGUCUGGCGGAGCAGGUGCCGCCACCGCGUCGUUUUUUAAGGGCGCUUCCAACGGCUGUGGUGGCCGUCGUGGACUCCGACGAGGCGAUGAGGAAGGCCCCAAGAAAGUGUGCUAUUCCGUGCGAUGGCAUUUUGCACCUAAUGGAAAACGACGGCAUGCUCUUUCUUGCGUCUCGGCGAAGUGACGGUUACAUUGUGCCGCCAACGCCAAUCCGUGUUGUUGGGUGUAACUCGCUGCUUCCUGCGAUGUGCCGCGGCACAUCAUGGUUGCGCGGGUAUGACGCAACGCCGGUGGCAGAGGGGGAGGAAGACGCAUACAUCGAGAGCCUUCCCCUGUCGCGGCGCCCACCCGUGCUCUGCGCCUGUCACUUUUGUGAGGCCGCCGUCUCCGAAAAAGCCUUUGGUCGCGGAUUACUUGAGGGUUUGGGCUACUACGCGCUGCAUUCCAGAAUGGCGGGGAUGGAGGAUCUUGUCGCACGGCCAGUGUGGCACCUGGGACUCGCGUCGCACGCCUCGCUCCUUCAUUUUGUCGCCGAAAUACGGCAACUGGUGUCGAUGGCGACGUUCCCGGCGGGUGUUCGGGUGAGCGUCCGCGGGAGUCGGUUGCUGCUCCGGAUGCAGGAGAGGGCUCUUCGGGCCGUGUGCCAACUCUUGUGCCCCUGCACCGACAGCUUUGCCCCACAGCCGUGGGGUCAGCAUGUGUGGAAGCAAAAUGUAAUUAACGCCGCCCUGUACGACUACGGCGGACGCAUUGGUGUUCAUCCAACAACGGGCGAAUUGUGCGUUCCACAGCGCAUUCACGAUGUCGUCUUGCACCAGACAGAGAAGGAGGCUGACGACACACGCGACGGCUCGAUGCAGCUGGUAUUCAUUGUCGUUAACCCCUGGCAAAACGCAACGUCCCCUUCCGCGCUGAUGAGAAGAAAAGAUACUCCUGAAGAAGAAGACGAGGCAUCGGCCGAAGUUUUUUACGACGGCGAUCUUCUUGUGCAUGAUCAUGUGCGCCAUCGAUGGAGGCGGCUGCUGCAGCCGGACGUGAGCCUCGAGACGGUGCUGCUUUGCUGGGUGAAGAAGCUUCUUGCGGCGGCCACGUUUAGGCACAGCGACAAGGGAUGGCUCCGGGAUGUCGAGGGUCGCAUUGUUCAAGAAGGACGUUUUCACAUCUGGUGCACGAUGCAUGAUGGUCUGCCGUACUUUUUUGGGGUUAUUCCUAAAUUCGCGAAGGAGCGCCGCCGGAGGAUGUUGCGACAAGCGCGCGGGAAGUUCCUCAGGGACGAGGAGUCUCAACACCGUCCCGAAGUAAAAGGGGAGGAGCAAGACGACGUGACGCCUGCGCAAGACCACCAAGCCCGCCGCCGCUGCGCACACCCCCUCCCAGCCCACUCUAAGAGGCAUGGCGAUGCGGCAAACUAUUUCCGCAAUGGCUGUUUCACCUGGAACCCAUACGGCAGCUGUAGGUAG